AGCCCUAGGUGCAGGAGCGUGUUACAGGUCCCAGAGCCCUAGGUGCAGGAGCGUGUUACAGGUCCCAGAGCCCUAGGUGCAGGAGCGUGUUACAGGUCCCAGAGCCCUAGGUGUUGGAGCGUGUUACAGGUCCCAGAGCCCUAGGUGCAGGAGCGUGUUACAGGUUCCAGAGCCCUAGGUGCAGGAGUAUUGCAGAUGUAUCUGUUGGUUGGGACUGGGAUCUACAGGCUGCAUUUUGUCUCCCUCUGUGCUGGCCGAGUCAGAGUCUGAGUGAAUGCCCCACUUGGAGCCAUUGUUAAAAAUGUUAGGAGUUCAAGCCCCAUCACCCAGUGGCCGGUUCUCUAGGUGCACUUGGGUAUACAGAUCCAGCCUCAAGGUCCAUGGGAAUUGUGAUGUGGAAGUUUUCAUCAAGAGCCUGGGCUGGGGAGGGUUAAGGAGAACAUGGACACAGUAGGAGUGGGUCUCCAGGGCAGGCCAGUGAGUCUGAUGGAGGCCCACAGUCAGGCGUUUUGUCACCUUGUGCUGUGUACAGAGCCCUAUCCUGAGCCCCGUAGUGCUCCCUUGGGUUUUAGCCGGCUGCCUUUUGGUGCCCAUAGGGGCUUUUAGUUUGGAAAUCAGUGUUUUUGCUAGAGAAGACCUAAGAAAGGGAGCUGCUCUUUACAAAGCGCUCUGGGAUCUUCCGUUUCCUCAUAGAAUGCACAGGAGCUACUGUCCUGAGUGCCGUACAGCAUGUAUCAGGUUCAGCCUGUUUGUCUUCCUGAGCCCCCACUCUCUGGGGCUCUGUUUUUGCAGCUUCCUUGACUCUACAGGCUCCUGUCCUACUUGCCUGGCCUUUCCGCAUGGUUCUUCUGAGGUGAACAGUACUGCCCAGGUCCACAGCCUACUCUCCCAGGGACUUCUACUCUGAGCCUCCAACAUCCAUGCAGGUGGUCAGCUCACGCUGACAAGGAAUGAGCCAGGAGUAUGAGGGGCAGGUAGGCCUGAGGCUGGCCAUCACCUCAGCCAAGCUCCAGAAACAGAUGAGACUCAGGGAUGAUGUUGCUCCUCAUACAUACUAUAGCCUAUAGGUAUUCCCAUGUACACUAGGUCAUGAGGGGUUCCUCAUCCAUGCCAGGUCCCAAGCAAGUACCUGAAGAUGAAAUUUAAGUUGACUCCCCACCACCCAGUUGCAGGUCCCGACUUUUAAACCUGGUCUCAUCCUGGUCACAGGUGGUGUAUGAGGACAGCCGCAUGGUUCGCCUGAAGGCCCCCUAUGUGUCAGGCUUCCUGGCCUUCCGAGAGGUACCCUUCCUGGUGAAGUUGGUACAGUGGCUGCAGGAGAAGGAGCCAGACUUCAUGCCCCAGGUCCUUCUUGUGGAUGGAAACGGGGUACUUCACCAACGAGGCUUUGGAGUGGCCUGCCACCUUGGUGUCCUUACAGAUCUGCCCUGCAUUGGGGUAGCAAAGAAGCUCCUGCAGGUGGACGGGCUAGAGAACAAUUCCGUGCACAAGGAGAAGAUUGUACUCCUUCAGGCUGGGGGAGACACAUUUCCUCUGAUGGGCAACUCUGGGACUGUCCUGGGAAUGGCCCUGAAGAGCCAUGACCACAGCACCAAGCCCCUCUAUGUCUCUGUGGGCCACAGAAUAAGCCUGGAGGUCGCUGUGCGUCUGACCCACUGCUGCUGUAGGUUCCGGAUCCCAGAGCCCAUACGCCAGGCUGACAUCCGCUCCCGAGAGUACAUCCGAAGGACUCUAGGACACCCUGGGUCUCCUGCACAAAGGCAGGAGAGGAGCCAGAAGGAGCAGAGGCCAAAGGCAUGCCCCAAAGGUAGCCCAGGAUCACCUGCUGAUCAAGGCAGGCCCCCCAAGGACUCUGAUAGAGGCCCCAGCACGGACCCAAAAGAUCCCCAGCCAGGCUUCCAGGAGCAGCCGAAAGCUCAGCAGUCAGAGGGAACUGGACGUCAUGAAGACUCAGACCUCUGGCCUCUUCCAGCCUGGUUACAGUCGCCACCCUGAGAAGAUGAUCUCUAGGAGCUGUGGAAACCUCACCCACAGCCACAGGUUGAGCACCAGGCCCCCCUGCCAGAGGCAACAGCAACCGAAUCCCCAGAAGGACGCAGCAGGCACAGUCUACGUUGGGCCCAUGGCUGUCCAGCCGCCUCCAUCCCUGGCUGGUCAGUGUGGUCACCAUGCUCCAACAGGACAACAUUUCAGACCAGGAAACACACACAGAGUACACAGGAGCUCCAGGUACCCAGAGGCCCUGAGAUUGUCAUCCUGUGCCAACACCUGCAACUCUGACCGUCCCCCUGGCAUACAGACCUGAUUCUGACUUGGCUCUGACUUCCAUCACCAUCCUGGCCACAGACUGUCCUUCAGUACGCAUAACCAGACCGCAACCCCCAAGUUGCCUGUCCUUAAGCCUGAUGCUGAGCUUGAGGGACCUGCAGUGGGAAAGCCUCAAGCCUGGAGCAGGCUCAAGAGUGGGUGUUGGGGAGUCAGCUCCACAGAGGGUGCCAGAUGGGAAGCCGGUUGAGGCCCAUGGUGAGAAAGCCCCAGGCUCAGCUCCUCACUCCUCUUCCUGCCACCCUCUCACCAGAGGGAGCGUCAAAAUCUCAUCCCACCAAGAAAGCAGGUCUGUUCUAGGCCGGUGGAGUCUUCCCUGGGUGGGCCUGGAGUGGUGGCUGCGGCAGGCCUCAGAGGAGGCUCACCAGAAGCUCAACUCCAGCACCCUGUUCUCUCUCUCUCUCUCUCUCUCUCUCUCUCUCUCUCUCUCUCUCUCUCACACACACACACACACACACACACACACGUACAUACACAUACACUCCAGGUUCACUAGAGUGGCAGCUGAGGUGGAACACAGAGGUAACAUACCUGUAACAUGUCUUCUGCCUGCACCCUAAUCCCCAGACUUCCUGGAGGAGAGGUGAUGGGUGAUGUGCUAGACUAGCUGCCAAAUCCUACACCCGUGGGGUGUCAGGAUGGACUGAGGCCAGUGGUGGAGGAAGGACAGCAGGGCGAGCUUUCCUGCCACAGCCAGUCCCAUUUAGAUUCAGCUGGGUCACUGAGUCUCCCUCCUAAGCCAGGUAGUAGUGACUGUCAAGAUCCCAUGUGUGUAGGGCUGCUGCAGUCUUUGAUGGGGAUCUUUGAUGGAUCACUCCCUGGGAUUUUGGUUUGGGACAUUAAGGAAGAUACACGUGGUCUGUUCACCCAGUAAGUUCCCAGUAAAUUAGGUGUGUGGCAGAGAGAGGCAGCCUCCCCACCACACACCUGAUGAAAGAGCACCAGGGAUACCCAUGGUGUCUGAGCAGGAAGGUAAUCCCUAUGGUGCCCACAUCCCCCACCUUCUUUAGGGGGCCUGUGGGAAGGGAAGUGUGUGCUUGACCAGGGAAUCCCCCCCCCCAGCUGUGGCCUCACUCUACCUACUGCUGAGUCAGAGUCCCAGGCUUGGAUCUAACAGAGUGCCCCAGACUGGCAGGUUUCCAAGAGGUGCAGCCCCCACUGGCCCUCCCCAUCAGUCACAAACACUGUACGCACACGUGCAUGCACACAUACACGCAUGGACAUACACUCGUUCCCUGGCAUUCCUGUGGAAGCCAAGAGCUGGAGAGCCUGCAGCUGGCCCCACCAUCUGUCUUCCUAACUUCUUCCAGAUUUCUCCCUCCUCAAACCUUGUCAAGACAGAGUUGUGGAGGGGAUUUUUUUGGGGCGGGGGCAGCAGGGGGAGUUGGAAACAAAAGAUUGGAGUUAAACUGUAAUGGCCAGAAUCCUCAUGAAGAUUAGCUGUCAAGUGGGGAAUAAGGCCUGGCCAGCCUCCCAUGCAGCUGGAAGGUGCCACAGGACGGGUGGGUGAGGGCUUCACAUAGGGUCCAGCACACAGUAUCCUUGGGUGAGGAAAAGCUGUUAGCUUAGAGAAGUCGGCUCCAGAGGCCGAGGCCAUCAGUCCUUAAGGCCAGCCUUACAGAUAACGAGAAAAACAACUUUGCAGAGUCCCCAGUCCACACCUCACUUGAGCAGGCAGUUCUUCCCACUCCUGUGAGCCACGAGAAUGUGGCUGUGAACCCAGCCUGGCCACCCCUCUGUCUCAUCUGUUCCACUCCAACAGGAGACCUUCCCAGGGACACACAGAAGUCACACAACACCUGCCCAGCACACUGACACCACGGUCACGGUAGUCAUUUUUCCGGGGAGGGUGGCUCUCCAGGCCGCCAGUGCAAACACACAGUGAGGUGCAGGGCGGAGCCUGAAGGCGGCUUGUAGGUAACUUUGGUGUGCUUUGUUCUGGGAGAAGAUCUUUUUGGCUCAGUCAUUAAAUACAGCUAGCUGACUUCUGGAAUAUUCAGUCCGGGUAUGCGUAGUGGUCUGUGUGUGCCCAGCCACUGGGGAACUUGAGACUGGAGGACCACCAGCCUGACAACACAGGCCAACAAAAAGGAUUCAUUGUCUCGUGCAGCUAUUACCUCGUUUGCCCCAAAGCAUUUUCAUUGUUAUAAGGGACCUCCAGUCCUCACCCUUCCCCACGAGAAUCUGCCAGCCCAGCCAUCCCACUUGGUGUAUAUGGGUCUGCCUGUUUCCAGGCUCCUUUGUGGGGUACCACGUGUCCCAGUUCACUCCUCCUUGUGAUUGUGCACUAUUCCGUGGGGUUGUGCAUUCAGUUUGUCUCGUCCUCAACUCCCAGAUGCUUUCCUUGUGCCUGUCCCAGGGACACUAGAUGCUGAGCUCCUUUGUGACUGUUUCCAUUCUUGUGGGUACAUGCCUAGGAGGUACAGUGCCGGGUCCUGUGGUGGCCUUGUGCUUCACUUUUUAAGAAACCCACCACCCCCAGGGGCAAAGGGCAUAGCCCCGCACCUUCAGGCACUUGUUACUGUGUGUCUUUGGACUCUGGCCACCCAGGGAAUUGGAAGAGACCUCAUGGGAAUUUACUUGCCUUCUCCUAGUGAUGAAUGACUUCAGCACCUUUUGUCCACUUUCUGGCUGCAUGUGUAUCUUGGGAUAAAUGUCUGUUCACAUCCUUA